UCCUUUCAAUGCUGAGAUUUUCUUCAUCAUUUCAUCCAACUUCAAUUCUCUUCUGUUCCUCUGCACUCUGCCCUGCGGAAUUCUAAUUAUUGCCGGUUUCCCCACCCGAUCACCAGGGAGCCAGCAGAGAAAGAAAUGCAGGGAGGUAGAGAUCCAUUCUUUGGUUUUGGCGAUCCGUUCGGUGGUUUUGGUAGUUUUGGCAGCUUUGGUGGCCAAAGGAGUCUGAUAUCUAGCUUUUUUGGGGGAAGGGAUCCAUUUGAUGAUCCUUUUUUCACCCGUCCGUUUGGAAGUAUGUUUGAAUCAGAGUUUUUCGGCUCUACUAGAGGGCCAUUGAUGAACCCACAUGCUUCUGGGUUUCUUGAACAUCAAACGGCCCAAUCCAAUCGAUCAAGGGGACCAAUAAUUGAAGAGCUGAACUCUGAUGAUGAAAAAGAUGAAAAGGAAAGCAGAAAGGAGAAAAAAGAGAAUCCAAGAAAACAUGGAAGGUCCAACCGAGAGCCUCUGGUGGAGGAUCCCGAUGAUGAAGCUACUGAGAAAAAGAGUAAGCAAAUGUCUCACAGAAAUGAUAUAAACCAGAUGCACCAUGUAAGGUCGCAGCCCCAGUCGCAUAGCUUCACUUUUCAAAGCUCUACUGUUUCUUAUGGUGGUGCAAAUGGUGCGUACUACAGUUCUUCUAGGACAAGGAGGAUGGGGAGUGACGGAUUAACAUUUGAAGAAUGCAAAGAAGCUAAUUCAUCUACUGGUCAAGCAACUCAUAGGGUGUCAAGGGGCAUCCAUGACAAGGGUCAUUCUCUCACAAGGAAAUUGAAGUCGGAUGGUCAUGUGGAUACAAUGCAGACUCUGCACAACCUUAAUGAAGAUGAACUUGCUGGUUUUGAGGAAGCGUGGAAAGGAAAUGUUAGGAAGCAUCUCCCUGGAUUGAGUGAGGAAAUCACUGCUCAAGAUGUUAUGCGAUCUGCAAGCAGCAGUCAGCAGAGAAGUAAUAGAGGUGGCUGGGCGCUUCCUUCUACUGAAAGAUCCAACAAUCUUGGAAGCUUGAAACCAGAGGUUGGAGGAAUGGCAGGUUCCCGACAUCAUUCAGGAAGAGUGAGAACUCAUCUCAGUGAUGGAGCAGGCUCAUCGCGCCUUAGGACAAAUGGAGCUGGCUCCAGUAAUCAAGCGCAAAGACAUUAGAAAUUUCCACAGAUGAUUCCACUUGGAAGUCCCUCUACCAAGAGGUGGCACUUAUCCUGGUUUUAUUGUGAGAAAUGUAUAUCGGCAAAUCCUGCAUCAAAUUUGUGGUUGGCACUAGUUCGAAUGUAGUAGUUCGGUGUCGUUUACGAUUUCCAGUAAUGAACAUAUAGGGUAAUCUCUUUUAAUUUUUCAGAGGCUUUAGCAAUAUGAACGUCUACUUUCUCUUCGUUUUUGCUACCAGUUUCUUUCAAAGUUGGUGGUGCUGAAAAACAGGUGACAGGUUAUAUCAAUCUGUAAGAUGCUUUUUAAUAUUGAAGCUGCGGUUAUCUUCAA